AAGAGUCAGCAUCCACCGGCACCAGUAACAGCACCACCACAACCAUGGAUAGAUAGAUAGACUUCGGAGAGAUAAUUACACAAAUACGUACAAAACACGAAACAUUCCAGACAACACCACCGCCGCUGACACCGGUGUCACGUCAUACCGCCGGCAUGGGUGCCGCAGAGCCUGUGGAGGAGAGAGAAAGAGAGCAGCUUGAGGAGAGAGAGGACUAUGGGAGGAAGGAGGAGGAGGAGGAUGUGAGAGAUGUUGAGGAAGGGGAGGUGGGUUUUGAAGAACAGGCGGUGGCAGCUGAGAGAAACAUUAAUAUUAAUACUAAUCAUGGAAAUAAUAAUAUCAAUCAGAAUGAGAGUGAAGGAGAUGUUCAUAUGUCAAUGCUGCAGAGGCUGAAUCCAACAAACCCUUUGAGAAUUGUAAUAAAUAGCAAAACCAGAGCUGCAACUCCGCCGCCGCCGCCGGCUCGGUUCUCUAAUAUCAGAGGCUUUGGUGGUGGUCAUGGUGGUGCUACUGCUACUCCUUCCCCUCCUCAGUUCGCCUCUCACACCAACACUCCCCAGCAUUCUCAGCCUCGUUCUACACCAACCCCACAACCAUCUUUUACAACACUGAAUUCAAGAAAAUACACCAACAAGAUGUCUCUGUUUCUGUUUCUUCUGCACAUGGUUGCAGCCAUUGGGCUAGUCGGUUUCCUUCUGUUCAAGGGAGUUCAAGGGCUGAUAGAAGCAUCAGACAACAAGGUUAAAAGAGCCGAGAAACGAGUGUUGAAGUUUUUUCUACCACAAGUCGAAGCUGCAUCUCUUUUAAGCAUUGUUCUUGCAUUUGCAUGGCAAAAGGCAGUCAGGCUAUGGCCUAAGUUUUUUAUUCAUUUCAUACUAUGGACCACUUUUGUCAUGUCUCUAUCUGCCGGAAUUCUGCUAAUUUGCUUCCAAAAGCCUCCCACCGAUGGCGUUGCAGUCUGCUUUAUUGCAUUUGCGAUAGGCAAUGGCUUAUACGCUUGUUGGAUCACACAGCGGAUAGGAUUUUGUAGCAAGAUAUUGAUCAAAUCGCUCGAACCCGUAUCAAAGUUCCCCGAUUUGAAUCAACCCACUUAUUGGAUGCUUGGGGUCGGAUUUCUGUGGAUGUCCCUGUUGAUUCUAGCUGUGAUAGGAGCCUUGAAUUUCUACUUUCCUCCACUGAUCAUAAUUUUGUUGGUCUUGAGCUUAGCUUGGAUAGCUGAAGUAAUGAGGAACGUUGCAAAUAUGACCGUCAGUAGGGUAAUUUCUCUUUAUUAUCUCAGAGGAAUGCAAUCUAAUACUCAAUUUUGCUUCCAGAGAGCCUUGAGUAAAAAUCUUGGAAGUGCUUGUUUGGGUUCACUCUUUGUACCUUCAAUUGAAGCACUGAGAAUUGUUGCUCGGGCUUUAAAUUUACUCAAGGGAGAAGAUGAGUUCAUGUUUUCUUGUGCACAUUGCUGUCUCAAAGUCAUGGAGUGCAUCUUCAGAUAUGGCAACGGCUGGGCCUUCAUACAGAUAGCAGUGUAUGGGAAAGGUUUUGUGAGGGCAUCACAAGACACCUGGGAGCUCUUUGAACGGCAAGAAAUGGAACCAAUUGUUGAUUCCGACAUUACCAGCUCAAUCUGCUUCCUAACCGGCGUCUGCAGCGGCUCUAUCUGUGUCAUAAUUGUGGCGGCUUGGACUGCUAGAGUGCACCAAGGUUUCACAGCCACCAUUUCCCUCCUUACAUUCCUCAUUGGAUACCUUAUGACGAGGAUAGCCAUGGCACUACCACAUGCUUGUGUAGGUAGUUACUUUGUCUGCUAUGCAGAGAAUCCAGACAACAGAUUGUUUGACAACACAAUCAAGGAUCGCCUCGCUUUGAUGAAAUCUGGUCGAGAUGUAGUCGUUCCCACGCCUCGAGUCCCCCGCCGGUUUGCAAGGUAAACCAUGAUUGGAGCCCCGUUUUCUCCAAUGGUACGAUAUUAUAAGGGCAUGGGUAAUAGUUCGGACAAGGUUUUACAUGUUUAUAACCUUUCUCUCGAAACAUGUACGCGAGGUCUAUCAUGUACAAAUGAGGCCUUCCAUACAUAUGAAUAGAGGAAUACUAUGUUUAACUGGCUCAUACAUUUUCCGGAUACUCUCCUCGGAGAUUCGGACUCGAGGAAUCGGCCAAAUGAGCUCAAGCUAAAAUUUCCUACAACUACUACAACUCUGCAAGAGUGAUAUGGUGGUGGUGAUGAUCAAGGUUGAAUGAAAGAGUUGAACCAUUAUUGGAAGGAACAUGGGGAGCCAACGCGUUGAGACUCCAUUGAACAAGGGGCUAUAAAAGAAAAAUGUCUCGUGGGGCUGUCCUAUUUGUAUAAACUGUCCUUUUGGCAUAUACCAUAUGCUGAAAAGUCCCAUUUUUUAUUUUAUUUUAUUUUUUUUCACUGGAA